AAACAUGAAUGAGGCUUAAAAUAGAAUAACAUGGGGUGGGGAUGACGGAUGAGGGAGUCCCCACACACCGACCCUCUUAAGUCUGCGAGAUAAGAAGACCUGAGAGCCCUGAGAGACCCCCCCACUACCUCGUCGCAUACAGAGAGAGAGAGAGAGAGAUAGAGAGGUGGGAAUAAUGGAUAAAAGCUGUCAUUCCUCUGGUGACUCUACCAUCACUACUAAUACCAGCAGUAGCACUAGUAGCAGCAGCAGAGAUCACUACCUCAAACACCUCAAUAAAAUUUCUCACAAGAUCUCUAAACCCAUCAUCAGAAGACCUACUAUUGAUCAUCCCAAUCACCAUCAAUAUCACCACCCACCUCCACAGCCACAGCCUCAGCCUCAGCCUCAGCCGCAGUCUCAGCCUCAGCCACAGCAGCAGGGUCUGCAGCAGCAGCAGCAACAGCAUCAGCCGCCGGUUUACAACAUCAAUAAGAAUGAUUUCAGGGAUGUUGUUCAGAAGCUCACCGGGUCUCCCGCUCACGAGCGCUUCUCUACACCCCCACCCAUACAGCCACCUAAACCCCAAAGCUCUCGCCUUCAACGAAUCCGUCCCCCCCCUCUGGCCCAUGUUAGCAACCGCCCUCCUCUCGUUCAAGUUAGCAACCGCCCCCCUCACAUGCUCAAUAGCGCUGUUCCCCCACCACCCGCCUCCACCCUAAACCCUAACAACCCCAUCAACAAUUCCGUCGGCACCUCCGCCGUCCCUGGAUGCACUUUCGGCAACAACGGACGACAGGUCUCGCCUCUAUCGCCUCUACCCCCAUUCCCAGCUGUCCAUGCGGCUGCAGAAUCGCCGAUCUCCGCCUACAUGAGGUUAUUUCAGACCGCCGAUUCCGAUCCAAAACGCUUACCAGGAUUUUCACCUUUAGCUCCAUUGGUGUCGCCGCGUUGGACCAAUCCCGCACCACCGCCGCAUCAAACGGGAAUACCGCCUCCGCCUACCUCGACAAUGACAUCGAAUUCGUCACAGUUCGGGAUGCCCUCAUCACCACUGCCUUUUGGGUGCUUGCCAUCACCAAGGUCACCGUACCCUCUACUUUCCCCAAGUUUACUGUUUUCGCCCUCGGCAGGUCAAUUGGGGUUUCCGCAGUUCCCUCUCUCGCCAAGGUUGCCUGUGCCAAGCCCUAGAUGGAGAGAUAUUUGAGCAGGUAAAAGCCUUAUACACCAAACGUCUUCGUUUCAGGGCUUACUCUUAUUUGGGGAUUUUCAUACUUAUCUGUAUAUUUGAGUGGCUGUUGGAGUUAAAAGAGAUCUAACACCAGUUAAUUAGAGUUUGUUCUGUAAAUGGAUGUCAAAAGAAUUGACCAAAAAAAAAAAAAAACAAUUAGAAUUUUCUUGAACAUUGGGGGGGAGAGAUAGUGAAAUGUUUAAUGUUUUGAAUUUUAGGGAAUGAUGUUGUUAUUAUUUAUCAAUUACUUGUGCAAAUGCCUGUGCUCUAGAUUGUCAAUUAUGCCUUUGCUAUUCUCUUAUUUCAUACAAAAAUCAUUAUCCUAGAUAUGCUAAAUUAAGGAAGUUAGUGUAUAUAUUGGUCAAAUGAGGCUAUUUCUAUAUACGAAUUGUAGUUGUGCAAACCCCAGGACAUGUCAUUAUUCAUGAUUUGGGCUCUUCAAGUAUAUGAAUCGCCACCGUAGUUGAUUACUGUUUUGUUUUAUUUUAUUUUUAUGACAGAGAUGUGCCUUAGUUGUAAAAGCAAAGGGAUGCCAAGUUAAUAUUAGCAUUUUUCUUGUUUGAGCAUUGACUACCUUCAUUUAAGGUUUGUCAUUCCCACGAAGGGUGUCAUGUUUGUACUUGCUUGAGCAUGGAGCUAACAAAAUAGGCUGACCUUGAUUCACUAUUUGAACAAUUAGGGGAAAAUUGAUAUCAUUAAUCAAUUUGAUGUUUGGAAAAGGGUUUACUAACCUGAGCACAGGGUAAGGGUAUUGGAAAGUUCUCUGAAGGGAAUUUUGAUUAUCUCACUGAAAUGGCUUGAUUAACAAGAAGCUUUAGCAAAGGAGUGUUCAUGGGAUAUGGGUGAUGGUUUGCCAUAGUUGCAGAAAUCAUGGGUACUAAAUGAAGCUGCUUUAAAGUCAAGAUUUGGUUUUUUUUUUAUUGGGAAUUUUGUAGGACUCACAUGUCUAUAUAGCAGGAAUCAUUGAGGCAUUGGGUUUUGAAAGUCCUUGCAAAAGGAAGAUAGAAUGAGUCUACUGUUUACGUCUUUGAUUCUAGAAAGAAGAAUUUGCAUUUGGCAUACCUUCAUACCAGCAUUAGCAUUUAUGGAUAGUUUUGAUUUUAGAUAUGUUUCAUACAAAGAUUUACUUGUAUUGAUUUUUUAGAUUUUAUUUAAUUUUCAUGGCCUGUUUGUGGG